CGCGGUCACGUGAGCGCGGCGCGGCGGGGGAGAGGCCCUGAUUUCCGGGCGGCGGAAGGAGACGCCGCCGCGUGAAGACGAGGAGAUUUUAAAACACGCUCCGGGACCGAAAGCCUGAGGCCGGUGGCGCACGCCGUCGCCCCGUGGGCUCCUCCUCGGACGCUCUCUCCACCUGCCUCCGUGUCCCGGUCCCGACCGGGCCCUCAGCACUAAAGAAUGACCAAAAAAAGAAAACGCCAAGAUGAUUUUCAAAAAGUAAAACUAAAAGUUGGUAAAAAGAAGCCCAGGUUAGAAAAUGCCACUGUUACAAACUUUAAAACGAAGACUAUACAUUUGCCUGACCAACUCAAAGAGGAUGGAACACUUCCAACAAACAACAGAAAACUUAACAUUAAGGAUUUGCUGUCACAGAUGCAUCACUACAAUGCUGGGGUUAAACAAAGUGCUCUUCUUGGACUUAAAGACCUUUUGUCUCAAUACCCAUUUAUAAUUGAUGCACACCUUUCAAACAUAUUAAGUGAAGUGACUGCUGUGUUUACAGAUAAAGAUGCUAAUGUACGAUUAGCAGCAGUUCAACUUCUUCAAUUCCUGGCCCCCAAAAUACGAGCUGAACAAAUUUCUCCAUUUUUUCCUUUGGUAAGUGCCCAUCUCUCUAGUGCCAUGACUCACAUUACUGAAGGAAUUCAGGAGGACUCUUUGAAAGUUUUGGACAUUCUGCUGGAACAGUACCCAGCUCUAAUUACUGGCCGUAGCAGUAUAUUGCUUAAGAAUUUUGUAGAACUUAUUUCUCAUCAGCAGCUGUCCAAAGGACUGGUAAAUAGAGACAGAUCCCAGUCCUGGAUACUUUCUGUAAAUCCUAAUCGGAGACUCACUUCUCAGCAGUGGAGGCUGAAAGUCUUAGUGAGACUCAGUAAAUUCCUUCAGGCCUUGGCAGAUGGAUCCAGUAGGGUGAGAGAAAGUGAAGGACUUCAGGAACAAAAAGAAAAUCCCCAUGCCACUAGCAACUCCAUUUUUAUCAACUGGAAGGAACAUGCCAACGACCAGCAACACAUCCAGGUUUAUGAAAAUGGGGGUUCACAGCCAAAUGUCAGUUCACAGUUCAGGCUACGGUACCUGGUUGGAGGACUAGGCAGUGUGGAUGAAGGCCUGUCAUCUACUGAAAACCUGAAAGGAUUUAUUGAGAUAAUAAUUCCAUUGCUAAUUGAGUGCUGGAUUGAAGCUGUGCCUCCACAACUAGCUGCUUCUGUUGGAAAUGGUAUAGAACGAGAACCUCUGCAGGUUAUGCAGCAAGUUCUUAACAUUAUUUCCCUUCUGUGGAAGCUCUCUAAACAGCAUGAUGAGACCCAUAAAUUGGAGUCAUGGCUUCGAAAGAAUUAUCUUACUGAUUUCAAACACCAUUUCAUGAGUAAUUUUCCAUAUGCCUUAAAAGAAAUAACCAAGCACAGAAGGAAAGAGACAAACAAAAGCAUCAAGCAUUGCACGAUUCUCUCCAAUAAUGUAGAUCAUCUCUUACUGAAUUUAACACUGUCUGAUAUCAUGGUCUCCCUGGCAAAUGCCUCAACUUUGCAGAAGGAUUCCAAUUGGAUAGAAAUGAUAAGGAAAUUUGUAACAGAGACCCUUGAAGAUGGCUUUAGGCUAAAUAGUAAGCAGCUGAACAGAUUGCUUGGGGUCUCGUGGAGGUUAAUGCAGAUACAACCAAACAGAGAGGCUAUGGAGUCUCUCAUUAAGGCAGUUUAUACAUUGUAUCAGCAGAGAGGCCUUCUCCUUCCAGUUCGGACUCUGUUACUGAAGUUUUUCAGUAAAAUCUAUCAAAAAGAAGAACUGAGAUCUUACAGAGUCAGGUAUCGUAGUAAAGUGUUAUCCCGUUGGUUGGCUGGUUUACCAUUGCAACUUGCUCAUCUUGGCUCCCGAAACCCUGAGCUGUCAACACAGCUUAUUGACAUUAUCCAUACCGCUGCAGCACGAGCAAAUAAAGAAUUACUAAAAAGUUUACAAGUUACUGCUCUCCGAAUCUAUGAUCCACAAGAAGGCACUAUGGUGGUUCUCCCAGCAGAGUCUCAACAGCUUUUGGUCCAGCUUGUAUAUUUUCUACCCAGUCUGCCUGCUGAUUUGCUUUCUCGGUUAAGUCGUUGCUGUAUUAUGGGAAGACUCAGUUCAAGUUUGGCUGCCAUGCUUAUCGGGAUACUGCACAUGAGAUCAUCAUUUUCUGGAUGGAAGUCUUCAGUUAAAGACUGGUUGAUGAGUGAUGUGGACUAUUUCAGCUUCUUAUUUUCAACACUUACAGGGUUUUCAAAAGAGGAGCUGACUUGGCUUCAGAGCCUUCGAGGAGUUCCUCAUGUCAUCCAGACGCAGCUUUCUCCUGUGCUGCUUUACCUUACUGACUUGGAUCAAUUUUUACACCAUUGGGACGUAACAGAGACAGUUUGUCACAAUUUAUUGGUUAUCCCUGCCCGAAGCCAAAGCUUUGACAUCCUGCAAAGUGCCAUCAGUAAGCAUUUGGUUGGGUUGACUGUAAUUCCUGACAGCACGGUGGGCUGUGUUUUGGGUGUUAUCUGUAAGCUCCUGGAUCAUACGUGUGUACUUAGUGAGAUGCUGCUGCCAUUUCUGGCUUCGUGUUGCUACAGUCUUCUUUAUUUUCUGCUCACUUUAGAGAAGGGAGAAGCAGAACAUCUAAGAAAGAGGGACAAGCUGUGGGGCGUCUGUGUCUCCAUCCUGGCACUCCUGCCUCGAGUGCUCAGGUUGAUGCUGCAGAGCCUGCGGGUGAGCAGAGCUGGACCUGAGGAGCUGCCUGUUGUGGGCCAGCUGCUUCGCCUGCUGCUGCAGCACGCACCCCUCAGGACUCACAUGUUGACCAAUGCCAUCUUGGUGCAGCAGAUCAUCAAGAAUAUCACAACAUUGAAGAGUGGAGGUGUUCAGGAGCAGUGGCUCACAGACUUACAUUAUUGCUUCAAUGUGUACAUCACUGGGCAUCCCCAGGGACCCAGCAUGUUGAGUACAGUGUAUUGAAAAGGCACUGUUUGAAAUUGUUUAUUCACAUCUAAUUUUGAAGAGACUGAUGUAAUAAAUGUUUGUCAUUAAAGCUGAACUUUUAAAGAAGUUGUUUAUGAACCUUCCUUUGCACUGAAAUAGGAAAAUAAUGCUUGGGAGUUGCCAUUGAUGCACAGGCUGGCUUCCUGGACUAGCAUGUGAUAGGUGGUUACAGGUAUUAUGUAUUUCAUAGCUAAGUAUAUGUAAAAUACAGAGCGAUAAUAUGGUACCUUCUAUUGUAUAGUAAGAAAUAAGCUGUGUCUUUGUGGUCCCAUCUAGGCAAACUUCAUUCUUUUUGUUCUCAGCCCCAGUUCAUUCAGACAGCAACAAACUAAACUAGUUUUUGGUUUGGUUUUGUUUGGGAGUGGUUGCUUCUCA